GAAACAAAGCAAUUUUAUUGAAGAUUUAUUGACAACGAUUAAAGCCAUUUUGACAACUCUCAGUUUGGUGUUGUAUUUUUUGUCUUGUACUUACAACAGGCAUAACAUACGUUUAUCUUAUGUAAAAUGUUUAGACGUUUUGUCCUACAACAAAAAUGCAUGUUUAAAAAUGUCAUCUAUAUUUAUUAUAAGUGGUAUGCAUUUGUUUUGGUUUGUUGUGUUUUUUGUCAACUCAGUGAUGACCCAAGAGCCUGCCAUCAAUCUAGUGCUUCAUGCUCAAGAUUUCCUCUGUUUCAUGUUUGAAAUGCAAUUUUACGUGAUCCUUUUGCUGGUGAAAUCAUCACUUGAAAUGGUCAUUCAUAGGAUAUCCAACUUUUUUCAUAUGAUCAAGGAAAACAAAAUUGAUACAAAACUUAUUUUACCAGAAUACUUUGCAAAUUGCUUAGAAGAUACUAGAUUGUUACAUAUGGAGAUAUUUGAUAUGAUGGAAAAUAUUAUUAAGAGUAUGGUUAAUGAAAUGGAUACAAAUUUAUUGCCUGGAGACAAAUAUAAGCAACAGAGACUUUUAUUUAAUCACCAAGUACAAAAAUUGAAGUUUGAUUUGGAUGCUUUAGAAAUGUUCCCAAUAAAUUUAGAAACACUUCUAUCUAUAUUAAUAACUACUGCAAGUUACCUUCUUCUAUUCAGCCAAUUAAAUUUAACUUUAUAGAGCUAAGAUUAAACUGUAUCAUUCUGUUAAAUAAUAAUUUAUUGAUAAUUAUUUUUAACAUUUUUUUGUUGGUUAAUUAAUUAAUA